AUGAGAUCCUUAUUUAUUAUAUUCCUCACGCUAAUUAGUGUAUCGUUAGCUAGUUCCAUCACUUGUAAUUCAACUUCUAGUUGUCCAGAAGAUGCUCCAUGUUGUUCUCAAUUUGGGGUUUGUGGUACUGGUGCCUACUGUUUAGGUGGUUGUGAUAUUAGAUACUCAUUCAACUUAUCAUCAUGUAUGCCUAUGCCAAGAAUGAGUUCAUUCUCUGAAAGUUUUGAUUCAAAAAAGAAGGUUUCUGAAGUCGAAUUACAAAGUCUUUAUUUGGGUAACUCUUCCGAGGCUGAUUGGGUUUACACAGGUUGGGUUGAUUAUUAUGAUGACUCCUUAUUACUUCAAAUGCCAAAUCAGUCUACUGGUACCGUUCUUUCUUCAACUAAAUACCUUUGGUACGGUAAAGUAGGUGCUACUUUGAAGACUUCUCGUACUGGUGGUGUUGUCACAGCCUUUAUUUUAUUCUCCGAUGUCCAAGAUGAAAUUGAUUAUGAAUUUGUUGGUUAUGACUUGGUUAAUCCACAAUCCAAUUACUACGCACAAGGUAUUUUGAAUUAUUCCAACUCGGAAAACUCUACUGUUAAUAACACUUUUGAAUAUUAUCACCUUUAUGAAAUGGACUGGCAAGAAGAUAAAAUCGAUUGGUAUGUUGAUGGUGAAAAAGUCCGUACUUUAGAAAAAAGUGACACUUGGAAUGAAACUUUGCAAAGAUACAACUUCCCACAAACACCUUCAAGAAUCCAAAUUUCUUUAUGGCCAGGUGGUGAUAAAUCAAAUGGUGUUGGUACUAUUGAAUGGGCUGGUGGUUUAGUCGAUUGGGAUUCUGAAGAUAUCCAAGAAUACGGUUACUUUUACGCCCAAGUUAAAGAUGUUUAUGUCGAAACUUAUGAUCUUCCUGACCAUAUUUUGUUAAGUGGUAACUCCACUAAUAGUGACGAUUAUCAUGCUUUCCUUUAUAAUGAUACUAAAGGUGAUGAUACGGAUAUUUAUUUAACAAAUAAGAAAACUUGGUUGGGUAGUGAUGAUGCUACUGGUUUUGAUCCACAAAAUGAUGAUAAUGAUCAGGAUGAUUCCAACGAGACCACCAUUGUUAAGACCAGUGGUUCAACAACCAUUACUAGUGUGUCAACUGCUUCAACCACUAGAAAAACUGCUAAUGUCCCAGCACAAAACACUGCUGCUGCAAACCAAGGUACCACAGACAGUGGAAGCAAAAAGACAACAACAAACACAUAUAACCCAAGUGCUGGUGUUGGUGGAUUUGUUCAAGAUUCUAGAUCAACUGCAACUUCAGGUAAUUCGUCAGGAUCGUCAUCUUCUGGAAGUGCUGCUACAUUGAAUGACAAUAUCAUUAGUGUAGUUGGUGCCAUUGCUUUGGGAAUGAUCUCCUUCUUAGUUUAA